CCAUUUAGAAAAAAGAAAAAAGAAAGCAGAAGGAUUAUUUAGCAGAAACACCUGGAGCAUAAAAGGUGCCAAAGUUAAACGUCCUUUCAUGCUCUCUGCUUGGCGGCCAUAGGCGCUCCCUCUUUCAAUACCUUCCCGCUUUUUGUAAAACCCUAAUUUCAUCGACUCCUUAUUUAUCUCUCACUCUCCCACUCUCUUUCUCUCGCUGUUUACUAUAAAUCUUAGCGAUUGAAGUUAGAAGAGAUUGUUCCAAAAACAAGAAAAAAAGCUAGGGGGGAGGCAAUAAUGGAGGUUGCAGUGGGGCAAAAACAGAACAAACAACAGCAGCAACAACAGUGUGCUUUGGCAUCGAUAACUGAGCUAUCUUCUUCUUCUUCUUCUUGUUUAGCUCCAGUGAUUGCUAGGUUUAGCGUUAAUAACGGAGUCUUGGAGCUUCGAUUUUUUAAAGAGUCGGACUCUCCUACUGACUUUGUUAAUGUCGAUCUUAGUGUUGCUCAGUUAUUCAAGCUAGGACCGAAGCAAUCAGUAUGCAUAUCUGAAAGUUUAGGAUCUGAAACUGGUAACGAGACUUAUUCAAGAGGAAUCAGUCUCCAAUUUAGAAAUGAGGAGGAGAGCAGGACCUUCCAUUGUGCAUUUGACCAAUGGAAGAAGGAAGUCAUUGUUCAAGAAAUAAGCUUGUCAAAUGGAGCAGUUACAGAUUCUAAAAGCAAGUUUGAUAAUAAAAUAGAGGCAUCAUCUGCUAAAAUGUAUUUUCAUUACUAUGGACAACUUCUACAUCAGCAAAAUAUGCUACAGGAUUAUGUGAGAACAGGAACCUAUUAUGCUGCUGUCAUUGAGAACCGCUCAGAUUUUUUUGGCCGCGUUGUUGUUGAUGUUGGUGCUGGCAGUGGUAUCUUAUCUUUAUUUGCUGCUCAGGCUGGUGCAAAGCAUGUUUAUGCUGUGGAAGCAUCUGAAAUGGCAGAAUAUGCCCGUAAACUAAUUGCUGGGAACCCGUCACUGGGAGAAAGGAUAACGGUAAUAAAGGGAAAAGUUGAGGAAGUAGAAUUGCCAGAGAAAGCAGAUAUAUUGAUCUCCGAACCAAUGGGCACCUUACUAAUCAAUGAAAGAAUGCUGGAGUCCUAUGUAAUUGCAAGAGACAGGUUUCUUGUCCCUAAUGGAAAAAUGUUCCCUACAGUUGGAAGAAUACAUAUGGCACCUUUUAGCGAUGAAUAUUUAUUUGUUGAAAUUGCUAAUAAGGCUCUCUUUUGGCAGCAGCAGAACUAUUAUGGAGUUGAUCUAACACCUUUAUAUGGGUCAGCAUUCCAAGGAUACUUUUCUCAGCCUGUUGUAGAUGCUUUUGAUCCAAGAUUAUUGGUCGCUCCUGCAAUGCUUCAUGUGCUAGACUUUACUGAAAUAAAGGAAGAGGAGUUAUAUGAAAUUGAUAUUCCAUUAAAAUUCAUAGCUUCUGUUGGGACCAGAGUGCAUGGGUUGGCUUGUUGGUUCGAUGUGUUGUUCAAUGGAAGUACUGUACAGAGGUGGCUUACUACUGCCCCUGGUGCUCCUACAACACAUUGGUACCAAUUACGCUGUGUGCUCUCUCAGCCAAUCUAUGUUAUGGCAGGACAAGAAAUUACUGGUCGGCUCCGUAUGGUUGCCCACAAUGCUCAGAGCUAUACUAUAUAUUUGACACUGUCAGCUAAAAUGUGGGGCCCUGGUGCUGAACAAGGAGGAAUACUUCAGACAUCAUCAUGCAAACUCGAUUUGAAAGAACCAUAUUAUAGAAUGUCUCAACCACAAACCUAUGCGAUGGCACAAGAUCAGCAACCACACCAACUGAUACAUGCACAGGAUAUACAAAUUCAAUCAGACGAUUUAGAGGAACCCGAGUUGAUACAGCCACCAUCUCAAAUUUUGGAUGCUCAGCUCCAAUAAGUUUGUGGUGAAGUUUUAGGAUCACGGCAUUUCUUAAUAUGGCAUGUUUGACAUGUAAACUUUUUGCUGCUGCCCAGCAAAGGGGUCGGCAUUCUCAACUUAUUCUACCAUGCCUGGUUCAUCUUCCUUGUAAAAAUUAGAUAAAAAAGAAAAAGUUUGAUUCAACUAGUUUUGUUUUUGUAUGAUUGAUUGCAUAGUUGAUCCUCUCUGCAAUUUCAUUAUGCUUAAGCCAUUUAUUUUAAUGAAAUUCAUUUUAGUCCCAAA